CCCACUCCUCUUUCUAUUCUGGUUAGAGACCGUUUGCGCUAUUCUGUGAAGGCAGUAGUACACAGCGUUGUACGAAAUCUUCAGUUUCUUGGCAAUUUCUCGCAUGGAAUAGCCUUCAUUUCUCAGAACAUGAAUAGACUGACGAGUUUCAGUGGACAGUUAUUUGUUUCUGGCCAUUUUGAGUCUGUAAUCGAACCCACAAUUUCUGAUGCUCCAGAUACUCAACUAGUCUAAAGACUGAAAGUUUUAUUGCUUCUUUAAUCAGCACUACAGUUUUCAGCUGUGCUAACAUAAUUGCAAAAUGUUUUUUUAAUGAUCAAUUAGCCUUUUAAAAUGAUAAACUUGGAUUAGCUAACACAACGAGCCAUUGGAACACAGGAGUCAUGGAUGCUGUUAAUGGGCCUCUGUACACCUAUGUAGAUAUCCAUUAAAAAUCAGCCGUUUCCAGCUACAAUAGUCAUUUACAACAUUAACAAUGUCUACACUGUAUUUCAGAUCAAUUUAAUGUUAUUUUAAUGGACGAAAAAAAAUGUUUUUCUUUCAAAACAAAGACAUUUCUAAGUGAACCCAAACUUUUGAACGGUAGAGUAUAUUUAACAGAUGUUAUUGCGGGUGUAGCGAAAUGCUUGUGUUCAAAGCACCAACAGUGAAUUAAUAUCUAACAAUUCACAACAAUGCACAAAUCUAAAAGUAAUAUAAUGGAAUUAAGAAAUGUAUAAAUAUUAGCACGAGCAAUGUCGGCGUGGCAUUAACUAAAAUAUAGUGGAAUAGAAUAGGGUAAAUACAUUUGAGAUGAGUAAAGCAGUAUGUAAACAUUAUUAAGGUGACAAGUGUUCCAUUAUUAAAGUGGCCAGUGAUUCCAUGUUUAUAUAUUUAGGGCAGCAGCUUCUAAGGUGCAGGGUUGAGUAGUCGGGUGGUAGACGGCUUGGGAAUGUGGUCUGUGGGGUAUAUCUGACCUCCAUCAUCUAGGACAUGACAAUGGUUAAUCAAAUCUCCCCAUUUCUGACCUUUUUUUUUUACAGUUUUGCAGGCCUUCUCAUACAGCUGCAACUGUAUAUGCAUUUGUAAAUCAAGACCUUUUUGGAGUUGGGCUCUGGAUGGUGCAACUGUUGAGAAUCUGAGUCUAUGGUUGUUGUGGUGGAAAGGGGUUGAGUGUGUAUGAGUGUGUGUGUGUGUGUGUGUGUAUCCCACAACUGUUGCAAGGGAGUAAAAGAUGUUAGGGACAAUAUAGGAAGAUUCACAAUAGUUGUUUGCUAAUAUAAUAAUUGCUUGCCGUAAUGUAAUUUUGGUAAUGGAGAGACUGGUGAGAUGUAAAAAUCCUUUGCAUAAAUUGCCUACAUUACUACAAACAUUAACAGCUAAUUAUAUAUAAUAUAAAUCGAGGUGAGGGCGAUGGAAAUGCAUUUGGCAGUUGAUCUACUUCUGUUCUGUUUUCGAAGGAUGGUUCCCGGUUUCUCCGGGGCUAUGGGUUCCGGGGGGUCGAGGGUGGUCUGCCAGGCAUUGGGAUGACAACCCAACUCGGGAUAAGGAGGGAUUUUAGCCGGUGGAAUAGGGGGGACCAAUUGGAGGUUUACUUAGUAGCAAUGCAAAUAUUAUGGUACAGCUAUAUAGACAAUCAAUCAUCAUGUUACAUUUGCCAACAUAUAUUUUGAUUAAUAUCAUUUAAAUGUGUGUCUUAUUAUGGUAAGUGGUGAAGCCUACUAGAUGAUAACUUGUUUAUAACUAGGACAGAAAUGUAUAACUGACUCUUUCCGACAUAGUUGAAGUCGGAGUUCACAUACAGUUAGGUUCACAUACAGUUAGGUUCACAUACAGUUAGGUUCACAUACAGUUAGGAGUCAUUAAAACUUGUUUUUCAACCACUCCACAAAUGUAUUGCUAACAAACAGACUUUUGGAAAGUCGGUUAGGACGUCUACUUUGUGCAUGACACAAGUCAUUUUUCCAACUAUUGCUUACAGACAGAUUAUUUCACUUUUAAUUCACUGUAUCACAAUUCCAGUGGGUCAAAAGUUUACAUACACUAAGUUGACUGUGCCUUCAAACAGCUUGAAAAAUUCCUGAAAAUGAUGUCAUGGCUUUAGAAGCUUCUGAUAGGCUAAUUGACAUCAUUUGAGUCAAUUGGAGGUGUACCUGUAGAUGUAUUUCAAGGCCUACCAUCAAACUCAGUGCCUCUUUGCCUGACUUCAUGGGAAAAUCAAAAGAAAUCAGCAAAGACCUCAGAAAAAAAUUGUAUACCUCCACAAGUCUGGGUCAUCCUUAGGAGCAAUUUCCAAACACCUGAAGGUACCACAUUCAUCUGUACAAACAAUAGUAUGCAAGUAUAAACACCAUGGGACCACGCAGCCAUCAAACUGCUCAGGAAGGAGACGCGUUCUGUCUCCUAGAGAUGAACGUGCUUUGGUGCGAAAAGUGCAAAUCAAUCGCCGAACAACAGCAAAGGAACAUGUGAAGAUGCUGGAGGAAACGGGUACAAAAGUAUCUAUAUCCACAGUAAAACGAUUCCUGUAUAGACAUAACCUGAAAGACCGCCCAGCAAGGAAGAAAUCACUGCUCCAAAACCGCCAUAAAAAUGCCAGACUACGGUUUGCAACUGCACAUGGGGACAAAGAUCGUACUUUUUGGAGAAAUGUCCUCUGGUCUGAUGAAACAAAAAUAGAACUGUUUGGCCAUAAUGACCAUCGUUAUGUUUGGAGGAAAAGGGGGAGGCUAGCAAGCCGAAGAACCCCAUCCCAACCGUGAAUCACGGGGGCAUCAUGUUGUGGGGUUGCUUUGCUGCAGGACUGGUGCACUUCACAAAAUAGAUGGCAUCAUGAGGCAGGAGAAUUAUGUGGAUAUAUUGAAGCAACAUCUCAAUACAUCAGUCAGGAAGUUAAAGCUUGGUCGCAAAUGGGUCUUCCAAAUUGACAAUGACCCCAAGCAUACUUCCAAAGUUGUGUCAAAAUGGCUUAAGGAAGCAUGUGGGAAGCAUGUAGAAGGCUACCCAAAACAUUUGACCCAAGUUAAACAAUUUGAAAGCAAUGCUACCAAAUACUAAUUGAGUGUAUGUAAACUUCUGACCCACUGGGAAUGUGAUGAAAGAAAUCAAAGCUGAAAUAAUCAUUAUCUCUACUACUAUUCUGACAUUUUACAUUCUUAAAAUAAAGUGGUGAUCCUAACUGACCUAAGACAGGAAAUGUUUACUAGGAUUACAUUUCAGGAAUUGUGAAAAACAGAGUUUAAAUGUAUUUGGCUAAGGUGUAUGUAAACUUCUGACUUCAACUGUAUAUGGAUAUAUUUACCCCCAAAAUAUAUGGUGCAGACAAUUACAUUGAUGGAAGCAACAAUCUAUCUGCAAUAUAAAUGCUGAUCCAUCCCUUAAAAUAAAACAGUCUUGAGAUAGAAGCUGUUUUUCAGUCUCUUGGUCCCAGCUUUGAUGCACCUGUACUGACCUCGCCCUCUGGAUGAUAGCUGGGUGGCUCGGGUGGUUGAUGUCGUUUGAUAUUUUUGGCCUUCCUGUGUUAUCGGGUGCUGUUGGUGUCCUGGAGGGCAUGCAGUGUGCCCCUGUGAUGUGUUGGGCAGACCGUACCACCCUCUGGAGAGCCCUGCGGUUUAGGGUGGUGCAGUUGCCGUACAGGUGGUGAUACAGCCUGAUAGGAGGCUCUCAUUUGUGCAUCUGUAAACGUUUCUAUUGGUCUUAGGGGCCCUGCUGAAUUUCUUCAGCCUCCUGAGUUUGAAGAGGCGCUGUUGCCCCUUCUUCAUCACACUGUCUGUGUGGGUGGACCAUUUCAGAAUGUUAGUGAUGUGUACGCCUGGGAACUUGGAGCUUUCCACCUUCUCCACUGCUGUCCCUUCGAUGUGGAUCGGAGUGUGCUCCCUCUGCUGUUUCCUGAAGUACACGAUCAGCUUCUUCAUUUUGUUGACAAUGAUGGAGAGGUUAUUUUCCAGGCACCACUCCGUCAGGGCCCUCACCUCCCUGUCGGCUGUCUCAUCAUUGUUGGCAAUCAGGCAUACUAGUGUUGUGUCAUAUGCAAACUUGAUGAUUGAGUUGUCGGGGUGCGUAGCCACGCAGUCAUGAGUGAACAGCGAGUACAGGAGGGGGCUAAGCAUGCACCCUUGUGGGGUCCCUGUGUUGAGGAUUAGCGAAGUGGAAGUGUUGUUUCAUUCCUUCACCACCUGGGAGCAGCCUGUCAUGAAGUCCUGGGCCCAGUUGCACCCCGAGCUUAAUGAUGAGCUUUGACGGUACUAUGCUGUUGAAGGCUGAGCUAGAGACAAUGAACAGCAUUCUGAUAUAGGUAUUCUUCUUGCCCAGAUGGGAUAGGACAGUGCGAUGGCAUCCUCUGUGGAUAUAUUGGGGUGAUAGGGGGAGAUCGUGAACGUCAAGUCUUCCCAGUAUGUAAAUGUGAUGCAAGGGGUAAGUCACGUUCUGAAUACUGUUUUCUAUUUUACAAUGUGUACAAGUUUUCUGUAUGUUACUGAUUUAUACAUGUGUGGGUAUAUGGUACCUGUUAGGGAUUGAGGGGCUUUCUGGGAUUUGCUUUGGCAUAUGAUUGCUGUAAAUAAGUGUGUUAGCAGCAUACACUGAUGUAAUGGUCACAUAAGCCCACUGUUAACACAGUUGUCUUCAUGCUACAGAUUUUGCCAUCGACACCCAUCAAUAUCGUUAAGCCCUGCACAACUAACGUGCUGUUUCCCAUUUAACAACAGCAACAGAAAUAAAUGAUGCUCAACUGGGACCACUGGCUGAUGUGAUUUAUUUGGAGAAAACAACGCAAGGAGAGUACGAUAUACAUCUGUUACAUAAGCACAUUGAAGAGGGUCUAGGGUGACAGAAUUCAAAUGAAGAAGCACUCCAGUCAACAAGAUGAAGAACAAACCUGGGAAAAAGCAACACAACAAAACCAAGAGGACUAAACAACAUCGAGACCCCAUCAAAACAGAGUGUGGAACACAGUCAGGUGAUGUUGACUGCAAUAGAGAAGAACCAGACAUUAGUCAAGCACCCUACAUUACUAAAGGGGUUUGCAUCAGCUCCAUCCAAAUCAAAGAGGAACCAACAGACUUUGAACAGCAGGGAAUGGGAGAGGAACAAAACCGUUCAGUUCCUUCCUUCCAGAAGACUCACAUCAAGCAACAAAAUACAUCCAAUCCAAUGACCGGGUGUAGCCAGAUAUCAAGGAGUCCUAUGGUGAUGCUAACAAGAUUGUCUAAUGUGGUGGUUAAGACUCUUCUGCGAGACACUAAAGUGUGUUUGGUGAAGGAGGAAAACCCAGAUGAGCCUGAUGGCGUCUCUUCUCCUCAGUUCUUUCCUUGCACAUACUGCACCAUCUCCUUCACCAACCAUUCCUUCCUGGAGAAGCACAUCAAGUGGAACCACCAGAAGGAGUAUCUGGCCAUGUUGAGAAGCAGUUUUUCAAAGAGCAGUGGAACAGAGACGGUCCCAACACACAGCUGCCUCCACUGUAGCCUCAUGUUCCAAACCCCACGGCUGCUUAGCAUCCACACCCUCCAGAUCCACCCUUCAGCCACUCCCCGGAAACCUGCCCGUCCACACAGAGUUUCGGCAAAACUCUACACCUGCCCACAGUGUGCCCGCAGAUUCAGAUACCUGGGCAGUCUGCAAAACCACUGUGAGCUUUCACACAAAAUGGCUGUGAUCAGCACCAAUGGACACCUCAGUUGUGCCGACUGUGGGAAGAGCUUCAAGAAUUGUUGGGGACUGGGACCUCACCAGUGUCACGAACCAGAGGGCACUGAACCUCAGGACAUUAAGCCUGUGGUCUGUCUUGAAGUCGGCUUCCAUUGCUCAGAGUGUGGCAAGAUCCUCUGUAGUCCACAGAGCCUGAACAUUCACAUGCGAAUUCACACCGGAGAGAAGCCUUAUGCCUGCAAGGAGUGUGGCAAAAGGUUUGCGGAGAGCGGCAGUUUACGCAAACACCUGCUGAUACACUCUGGAGUCAAGGCAUUCAAAUGCCAGGAAUGCGGGAAGGAUUUUGCCCGUAUGAAGGGUCUCAGGAGUCACAUGACCACUCAUUCUGGCAAAAAGCAGUACUCCUGCUCCCACUGUGACCGGCAGUUUGGAUACAAGUCUAGUCUGACCAUUCACCUACGCUCUCACACGGGGGAGAAACCCUUUCACUGCACAGAGUGUGGUAAAGACUUCUCUAUCAAGAGAAACCUGAGGCUUCACCUAAAGAUCCACAACAAUGAGAAAGGCCACCAGUGUGGGGAGUGUGGCCUGAAGGUGAUAGACAUUGGGGCGUUGAAGACACACAUGCGCUCACAUACCGGCGAGAGGCCUUACCACUGCACAGUGUGCAGCAAGCAGUUCAUUCGACUGGAACAUCUGAAGAACCACCAGCGCACUCACACAGGGGAGAGACCAUAUGUCUGUUCGGAGUGCAGCAAGAGCUUUGCUCAGUCUGGAGAUCUCACAAAACACAUACGCACCCACACUGGAGAGAAGCCCUAUGAAUGUUCUGUCUGCCACGGCUGCUAUACCUCUUCAGGGGAUCUGGGCAAACACAUGAGGAUCCACAAUGGUUCACGGCCCUUUCCCUGCCCGGAGUGUGACAAGAGUUUCCGCUUGGUCGGCCACCUUAAAACUCACAUGAGGACCCACACUGGGGAGAGACCAUACUCCUGCCCCCGCUGCCUCCGGACCUUCGCUCGCACCCACCACCUCUCUGUUCACCUGGCUCAGUGUCGCUGAUUGAUGAUAAUGAUUUGCCUGGUUGUGUUGCGCCUUUGUCAAAUUCAUUGCUUUAUGGGGGUAACUCACCCUUUCCACUACUCCCAAUGUGUAGCCCUUACCUGGGGGGGCAGCCAUAUUUCACCAGAACACUGAGGUGGGGCAUUUGGCUGACUAUUACAGCGGACAAACAAGAUGAUGUAGGAAGCGUCAAUUCGAAGGUCUAAGAGCUCCAGACAUUGACACUCUACUAGAUACAGCUAGAUGUUGGGUAGAGUUUUUAGUUGGCAUGCAGUUUCAGAUUUGUUUUCUGGACAUUAAAGGGAUAGUUCAAAGUACAAAUUAAUCUUAUUUCCCACUUACUGUGGCUGUAAGUGUAGAUGAUUAAUCAAAACAUCAGAAUUUGAUUAUAGAGCAAUAAAGUGACUUAAAUGUAAGGUAGACAGACGUCUGUCAUGUCAAUUACUAUUGUGGGUGAAUUAUAUCUGUUUUGUGCUAUAUCUCAAAUCAUGACACUAUUUUACUGAGUGUAUGAUGACAAUAAUUUUCUGAUGAAGGUGAGCAGAGUGGGUCUGCAGUACAGUCGUGGCCAACAAUUUUGAGAAUGACACAAAUAUUAAUUUUCAAAGUCUGCUGCCUCAGUUUGUAUGAUGGCAAUUUGCAUAUACUCCAGAAUGUUAUGAAGAGUGAUCAGAUGAAUUGCAAUUAAUUGCAAAGUCCCUCCUUUGCCAUGCAAAUGGACUGAAUCCCCAAAAAACAUUUCCACUGCAUUUGAGUCCUGCCACAAAAGGACCAGCUGACAUCAUGUCAGUGACUCUCUCAUUAACACAGGUGUGAGUAUUGACGAGGACAAGGCUGGAGAUCACUCUGUCAUGCUGAGAGUGUUUGAAUAACAGACUGGAAGCUUCAAAAGGAGGGUGGUGCUUGGAAUCAUUGUUCUUCCUCUGUCAACCAUAGUUACCUGCAAGGAAACACGUUCCGCCAUCAUUGCUUUGCACAAAAAGAGCUUCACAGGCAAAGAUAUUGCUGCAGUAAGAUUUCAUCAAAAUCAACCAUUUAUCAGAUCAUCAAGAACUUCAAGAAGAGCAGUUCAAUUGUUGUGAAGAAGGCUUCAGGGUGCCCAAGAAAGUCCAGCAAGCGCCAGGACAGUCUCCUAAAGUUGAUUCAGCUGCGGGAUCGGGGCACCACCAGUACAAAGCUCGCUCAGGAAUGGCAGCAGGCAGGUGUGAGUGCAUCUGCACGCACAGUGAGGCAAAAACUUUUGGAGGAUGUUCUGGUGACAUGAAGGGCAGCAAAGAAGCCACUUCUCUCCAGGAAAAACAUCAGGGACAGACUGAUAUUCUGCAAAAGGUACUGGGAUUGGACUGCUUUUCUGAGUCCCUUUUCCGAUUGUUUGGGGCAUCUGGAAAAAAGCUUGUCCGGAGAAGACAAGGUGAGCGCUGCCGUCAGUCCUGUGUCAUGCCAACAGUAAAGCAUCCUGAGACAAUUCAUGUGUGGGGUUGCUUCUCAGCCAAGGGAGUGGGCUCACUCACAAUUUUGCCUAAGAACACAGCCAUGAAUAAAGAAUGGUACCAACACAUCCUCCGAGAGCAACUUCUCCCAACCAUCCAGGAACCGUUUGGUGAUGAACAAUGCCUUUACCAGCAUGAUGGAGCACUUUGCCAUAAGGCAAAAGUGAUAACUAAGUGGCUCGGGGAACAAAACAUAUUUUGGGUCCAUGGCCAGGAAACUCCCCAGACCUUAAUCCCAUUGAGAACUUGUGGUCAAUCCUCAAGAGGCAGGUGGACAAACAAAAACCCACAAAUUCUAACAAACUCCAAGCAUUGAUUAUGCAAGAAUGGGCUGCCAUCAGUCAGGAUGUGGCCCAGAAGUUAAUUGACAACAUGUCAGGGUGGAUUGCAGAGGACUUGAAAAAGAAGGGUCAACACUGCAAAUUUUGACUCUUUGCAACAACUUCAUGUAAUUUUCAAGAAAAGCCUUUGACACUUAUAAAAAUGCUUGUAAUUAUACUUCAUUAUUACAUAGCAACAUCUGACAAAAAUAUCUAAAGACACUGAAGCAGCAAACUUUGUGGAAAUUAAUAUUUGUCAUUCUCAAAACAUUUGGCCAGGACUGUACAUACAAGAAACAAAUACUCUUUAUACCGCCUAUGUACUGAAUCUAUAACUUACUUUAACUGAUAGUGUUGUCUUGGUGUGUGUGAUAAAUAGUUGUGUUGUAACUGAUUAAUUACACUACCUUUCAAAAGUUUGUGGUCACUUAGAAAUAUCCUUGUUUUUGGAAAAAAAACACUUUGUUGUCCAUUAAAAUAACAUAAAAUAGAUCAGAAAUACAGUGUAGACAUUGUCAAUGUUGUAAAUGACUAUUGUAGCUGGAAAUGGCUGAUUUUUAAUGGAAUAUCUACAUAAGCGUACAGAGGCCCAUUAUCAGCAUCCAUCACUCCUGUGUUCUAAUGGCAUGUUGUGUUAGCAAAUCCAAGUUUAUAAUUUUAAAAGGCUAAUUUGAUCAUUAGAAAACCCUUUUGCAAUUAUGUUAGCACAGCUGAAAACUGUUGUUAUGAUUAAAAAAGGAAUAAAACUGGCCUUCUUUAGACUAGUUGAGUAUCUGGAGCAUCAGCAUUUGUGGGUUUUAUUACAGGCUCAAAAUGGCCAGAAACAAAGAACGUUCUUCUGAAACUCGUCAGUCUUCUUGUUCUGAGAAAUGAAGGCUAUUCCAUGCGAGAAAUUGCCAAGAAACUGAAGAUCUCGUACAACGCUGUGUGCUACUCCCUUCACAGAACAGCGCAAACUGGCUCUAACCAGAAUGGAAAGAGAAGUGGGAGGCCCUGGUGCCAACUGAGCAAGAGGACAAGUACAUUAGAAUGUUUAGUUUGAGCAACAGAUGCCUUAAAGUCCUCAACUGGCAGCUUCAUUAAAUAGUACUUUCAAAACACCAGUCUCAACUUCAACAGUGAAGAGGUGACGCCGGGAUGCUGGCCUUCUAGGCAGAGUUGCAAAGAAAAAGCCAUAUUUCAGACUGGUCAAUAAAAUAUUGAGAUGGGCAAAAGAACACAGACACUGUGUCUGUGGAACUCUGCCUAGAAGGCCAGCAUCCCGUAGUCGCUGCUUCACUGUUGACGUUGAGACUGGUGUUUUGCGGGUACUUUUUAAUGAAGCUGCCAGUUCAGGACUUGUGAGGUGUCUGUUUCUCAAAGUAGACACACUAAUGGACAAACAAAUUGCUUUUCUUUCAAAAACAUGGACCUUUCUAAGUGACCCCAAACUUUUGAACGAUAGUGUACAUUGUAUUUAUUCUAAAUGAUUAGGCAACUGUUAUUAUAAGAAUGUGUCAAUGACUUGAUAUCUACUAAGUCAUUACAUUGACUAAUACAUAUGAACAACGUUAAGGCUGUUUAACCAAACCGUGCACAAUGCAAUAAAUUAUUUCAAAAAAUGG